CGGGACAAUUAUCUAUAAUUUGCUGAUACCUGGUAGGCAUAGCACUACGGCAAGAGUGAGUCUGCUGCAGUGUCUUGAAGAAGUGAGGAUUGCACUGUACGACAACUUCGCGGAGAUACUACGGCUGCUUACCAAGAAGACGAGAAGGGCGCCGAGGUACUACAAAGCCAAGGUUGCACCGCUGUUGGUGAACGUAUACAAGGAGCUUGACAGCGUGUAUGCUGCAGUGAUCAACGCGGUUCGCGUUAUCAGAAGGACCCUACAUAGGGAUCGGCAUGGCAGCACCGAACGGUACCCCGGGAGUUACUCCUGGGAACCAGUUCGGGACGAUUACCUGCUACGUAUGUGGCAAGACGGGCCACUACGCGCGGAAUUGUUGGCAAGCAGGGAGUCGUACUACUCCGAUCAAGAAUGAUGAUGAGAGCUCGGAGAUGAGGCAGUGGUUCAGGACGAUGAUGCAGCGCCAGAAGGAGGAGGAGGAACGCAAGAUCAAGGAAGCCGAAGAAGAGAAGAGACGUAUAGAGGAGGAGUGUCGUGAAUCGGAGAAGAUACGUGAAGCAGAGGCGAGAGAAGCGCGUCUGGAAUCUACCAUCAUGCGCCUUCUUUCCCAACUGCCAAGUAGAGCUGAGCCGCCAGCGAUCGCUCCUCCACCAAAGAUCGUGUCGAAGAAGAAGUCACCAAGGACGAAAGCGAAGGUACUCAGAGAAAUUCGGAGCUACAUUGACGAGUCUGAGGACGAUAGCAAGGAGGUGCGGGAAGAGGCGAGCAAGUUAAUUGAUGCACUGGAACUAAGAAGGAAGCAGCGAAGAAAACCCGUCGUGCAAGGGAAACGUGUCACACCCACCAAAGGGAAAGAGAAGAUGUAUGAAGGAGAGCACUCUGAAGCAGCGGGCACGGAUCAAGGGACCCCCAAGAAGGUGUACGCGGCUUCUUGUUCGGGUGAAAGCAUGGUUGAAUAUGCUUUGACCCAGACUCGAGUCCUCAACACGAUGAAGGUGCAAGAGAUCAAGAAGGUCUGCGAUCAUGAAGGAGUUGACUACAUCAAGAAGGACCAAGCUAUUGAAGAGAUCGUAUGCAAUCGUACAAAACUGGCGCAUAUUGGUCCAGGGGUGCUGAGGAAAUUGGUGAUGCAAGCUGUUCCAGCUGCGUGGAGAAAGACGAUUAUCCGGCAGGAUGAUCUGAUUCGCUGUUGCUCCAAGCCAACAGCCGUUUAUAAAUCGAUGACUGAGCAGCAGGUCAUUGAUGAGAUAGGCAAGCUCAAGAAUCUUGUCUUGGUUCCGAUCGAUAGGAACCCUCGAGCGACUUUAGCUAUUUGCCCUGCGCUGUACCUCUAUGCGUUCCAAAUGACAUUCUGCUGGAACGCAGGUUUCAUGUCGGUGAUAGGCGACGAACAGCUGGUAAUGAUGAAGACGAAGGAAGAUUUUCUGAAGGAAGAUCUGCAGACAACAGCAUACUGGAGAACGGGGGGACAUGACCAGAUACAGGGUAUUUGGAGUAAAGGGGUGCAGCGCUACAAGAUCCUGAAGAGGAUCAACAAUUUUGAGGAGGUUCUGUGCGUGGGAUUGUCUGGGAGAAGCUCUGGAGGAAAUUGGCGAGAUCAGGGUAUCAUCAGCUAUAGCCAGAUCUUCAUCAUCAACUACAAGAUUCUUUGCAAGAAAGAGUAUCUGUUGCAGCAGCUAGACAAGUUUCUCGCUGAUGAUCGGUGCUCCCAGGCCACCAAGCACAUGGCUGAGAUGAUCCUGUUGGAGCACAAGAUCACCAGCUCCCAGUUUACAAACUGGGAUGAUCGUUUUGUGCGGCUGGAGCGUCGGGUUGACGAGCUGUCAGCUCAGCAGUCCAAGAUCCUGGACUCUAUCCAGGACUUGUCUGCUCAGCUGGCAGCCGCCAAGCUGAUUACUCCUCAGCUCCCUCUGCUGAAACCCAAAACCUCUCCUCCUCCUUCACCACCUCCUUCACCUCCUACAUCUCAUGGGGGAUCUGUACAUUCUUCCCGGUCAUUUACUCCCUCCCAAAAUGCCUCAGCAAAGGCCACCUAUGCUGCUGUGACUGCAGCAGACAGAGGUCCCAAGAUCCCUGCUCCCAACAAGUUCAGGGGCGAUGACCCCAAGACAGAUGUAGUGGAUCAGUAUGCUGAUCUGAUGCAGGAGACCUUUGGGUUAUCCAACCGGCCAACCAAGCAUCACAUCGAGCUGCUGCCUGGAGCGGUCCCUCCUAAGGGUCGCGUCUAUAGGAUGUCCCCUGCUGAGUUUGAGGAGCUCAGAAAGCAGCUUGAGACCCUGACCAGCAAGGGCUGGAUCAGACCCAGCACAUCUGAAUUCAGUGCACUUGUUCUCUUUGUACCCAAAGGGAACUGCGAGUUCAGGAUGUGCAUUGACUACAGGGGUCUCAAUAAGAUCACUAGGAAGAGUACUGAGCCACUUUCUAGGAUCGAUGACCUCCUGGAUAUGGUGCAGGGCUGCACAGUGUUCAGCAAAGUCGACCUCAAGUCUGGCUACCACCAGAUUGAGAUGGCAGAGGAGGAUGUCUACAAGACAGCCUUCAAGACCAGGUAUGGGACUUACGAGUUCCUGGUCAUGCCAUUUGGACUUUGCAAUGCCCCAGGCACAUUCCAGACAGAGAUGCACCGCAUCUUCAGGCCUUACCUGGACAAGUUUAUGGUUGUCUACCUGGAUGAUAUCUUGGUAUUCAGCAAAACUGCCAAGGAACAUGCGGAGCAUUUGACUCUUGUCCUUCAGUCAUUACAUGAUAGCCAGUAUAAGAUCAACAGAGAGAAGUCCUCCUUUGGAGUUCCCUCUGUCAUCUAUCUGGGUCAUGUAAUCUCUGGAGAUGGUCUGGCUCCUGAAGCAGCCAAGAUUGUUGUUAUUCAGGAGUGGCCUCAUCCUCAGACAGUGAGGGAUGUCCGGUCCUUCAUGGUGUUUCGUAAAACUGGGCACCUCAUAGGAGCAGCAGCGAUGGAUAUCAGAGAUCAGCCAGAUAUUGGAGCUUUCACUACGAUAACGCAAAGAAUGCAAACCCCCCCACGCCAGAUAACUUCUCUGCGGGAUGCAUUGAAUCUGACCAGCUGCAGACUGCCAGAUUAUUCGACUCCCGGCAAUGCCUCCGCAUGCAUGUGUGAGGAUACUCUUCCUCCUCUCGAGUGCCGACCGCCCCCGCUCACAAUCCACAACAUCAUCGCGCCCAUGGAAUCAGCGCCGACAUUGUAUGAAGAUAUCAAGUGCUGCGGAAGCUGCCUCGGAAAUGGAAAUCCUAGUCCCACUACAUUAUGGUUCUUUCCGAUUCUGGGUCUGACUGUGGCUCUGGUAUCGGUUCCACCAAGUUCUGUUUUGCUUCCUUUCCGCUCUGGUUUCUGCUUCUGGUUGUGGUUCCUUCCAGUUCUGGCUUUGAUUUUGGGUCUGGUUCUGGUUUUGAUUUGUAGUUCUGGUUCUGGUUCUGGUUCUGGUUCUGGUUCUGGUUCUGGUUCUGGUUCUGGUUCUGGUUCAACAGGAGGGUUCUGGUUCUCGUUAUGGUUUCAGCUGCUACUUGUUCUGGUUCUGGUUCUGGCUCUGUUUCUCGCUCUGGUUCUGGUUCUGGUUCUGUUUCUGGCUCUGUUUCUGUUUCUGGUUCUGGUUCUGGUUCUGGUUCUGGUUCUGGUUCUGGUUCUGGUUCUGGUUCUGGUUCUGGUUCUGUUGCUGGUUCUUAUUCCGGUUCAACAACAGGGUCGUGGUUCUUGUUUUUGUUUUGGUUGCUACCUAUUCCGGUCCUGCCUCUGCUUCUGCUUCUGGUUCCCUCCAGGGUUCCUGUUCUGGUUUCUGUUUUCUGUUUUUUUGUUUUCUGGUUCUGUUCCGAGUGUGCACCAUGUCAGUGACAUAUUGGAACAGUUGCUACUUGUUCUGGUUCUGGUUCUGGUUCUGGUUCUGGUUCUGGUUCUGGUUCUGGUUCUGGUUUCAAAGCCUUAUCACUGCACCAUGGCAGCGACAUAUUGCUGGCGGGACGAGUGGCGCAGUGAUGGGGCUUUGAAAGGAGUAGAACAGAUGGCCUUGAAUGCCCAUGAAGUUCACGUCGGCUUUGUUGAGGGCUAGAUGUGCAAUACCCAUCCGUGGAAAUCUCUAUCAAAUCAUGAUGACAAGCAUGACAGCGAUUUUUGGUUGGAGUAGACUCUGAACAGCACACCAGAAGAUUCGAGUGACUACAAUGAAUGCAGACUUCCUUU